CCUCCGUAUUUGGAUGCCUCCUCCGCGUGGCGCGGGGCUACGGUUGCGCUUGGGGCACACGAUUCUAGCGCAAAGGCGAAUCCAACGACUGCGCCUAGCGAAACAGCAGCAGCAACAGCCGCCGUCUGGCGCGCUAUCGGCCAGACCCGAAAGCCAGCGAGUGGGAUCUGCGAGGGCCACCUACAACAUGUGGGUUUCGACGAACAAGGUGCUGAUCGGGUCGGUCGGUGGUCUGAAGAAGACGCACUGCCGGAACCCAAACUUUGACUCCGAGGAGACGAAGCUCCUGAUUUCACUGUGGGGUGACCCACAGGUCCAGCGGACGCUCAUUACCACGCACAAGAAGCACCCGGUAAUCGCAAAGCUGGCGGAGAAGAUGCGCGAGUAUGGCUACAACCGGUCGACCGAGGAGAUCAACACGCGUAUCAAGAACUUGAAGUGCUUCUAUAACCGCAUCAAGAAGGACCUGGAGACGGGCGUUGUAUCGGAGACGUCGUGGAAACAUUUCGCUGCCAUGGAUGACAUACUGACGCGCCCGAUUUUCGGCAACAACCAUCUGAACAACGCAGCGGCCAGUGCCGCGAGUCGGUCACGGCCACGUGACCGGCGCCACUCGGAUGGUUCCAGCGACGUGCCGGAACUGCCCGAGGAUCAGAUCGACGUAAAGAUGGAGCUGGUGAGCGACGACGAGAAGGAGCUGCGGGCCGAGGAACUGCUGAAAAACGCGGAACAGGUGGAGUUGCGGGAACCGAACCUGCUCAUCCCAAAGGACGAACCGCUGGACGAGGACGAGGACGAUCCGAACGAUCCGGACUUUGAGCACGACGGUGGCUCAGAAACGGAUGACGAAAGUUCCGGCAUGGACGAAGCGGACGAAAACGACCGAUCGACGCGACUGAGACGUCGCACGAAGCGGGUUCACAAGUCGAAAAAGUCAACCGCAGCCGGGGGAGGACCAUCGACGACCGUUGCCAGUGGUAACGCCGGAUCACCGCUGGCCACUCCAGCGCCGACGUCCAGUGUUCCUGGAACGAUUAAGAUAAUCAACUAUACGGGCACCGGUGGCAACAUAAAGCUGUCCACCGGCAUACCCGCAUCGGCCGCCUCCACCAUCAGCAUAACGACGUUGGCCGGUAAUUCGGGAGCCGCCGCAACCACCACCACGCAGAGCAAAAUAUCGCUCGUGCCGACGAACUUCCUGCUGAAGCCGCAGGCGUCCAGCAACCUCGGCUUCAAGCAACCGAUCCAGCUCUACACCAAGCCGACCGUUUCGAUCGCAGGCAGCAAGCCAACCAAUACGCAGCCCCCCAUCGUGUCGGUCGGUGCGGCUACAUCCGGCGCCGGCAACCAACCGAUGAAAGUGUUCUUGGUCAACACGCGCCCCAAGGAUGGGUCCGCCCCGCAACAGCAGCUGCUUGCAUCGAAAGCUCCGCAGCUGUUCAGCUCUACGUCGGCCGUCUCGAUGGCGACCGGUGUUUCGGGGCUCCCGAAAAUCAGCAUCCAGCCAAAGCUCGUCACCAGCGGCGGAGUCACCCCGCUGGGUGCGGCGAAGAUACUCCAGACAGCACCGGCCACUUCUGCGCGAGUGAUCGCCACCACCCCCUGUGGGCUACGGGGACCAUCGAAGGCCGUCGGAUUCAAAACCUUGCUCAGUCAGCUGGUCGGAGUAUCUCGCGAAAAUCUGGGCAUCACCAAAACACGGCUAGUGGCGGAGAGGGAACGGUUCAGCAACGAGAAAUCGGUGGCCAAUGCGGUGCUUAAGGCGCUUGACGAACUGAACGCACUGCUGGCGGAAGUGAACGCCGCCAGUGCACCGGAACCGGAGGACCAGCAGCAGCAGGAACAGCGCAUUCGAAUCACGGACGUGCGGCACGACGCAACCCAUCGGCGGCGAUCCCUGGCCGGAAGGCCGGCCAGUGACGAUGAACACCUGAAAACGGAAGUCAUCAGUGACUCCGAGGAAGGAUAG